UAUGCUGACGUGAGUGUACAGUCAGCUGACAUUACUGGUGAAUAGCCCAUGUCUUCCAAGAAGAGGUAUCUAUGAACGACAAGGCAACUAAAUGUUCGGCCACCUGACACAACUAGUGAAUAGUCCAUACAAUCUUCCAGGAAGAGGUGUCUAUGAGCGACAAGCUACGCCCCUGAAUAUGGAGGAUGAAUAUGACUUCUCCUACCCCGAGAGAGGCGUGGCUGUUAUCAUCAACAAUGAGAAGUUCUUCUCAGCGGAGCAGGAGGAAUCCGAUGACCGGGUGGGGUCGUCACACGAUGCUGCGGCCCUCGACGUAAUGUUCAGUGGGCUGGGGUUCAUCGUCCACAGACACGACAAUCUCACACAAUCAGCAAUGGUUGAGACACUGACUACAAUUGCUGGCAUGGAAAUUCACUCCAAGUCAGACUGUUUUGCUUGUGCUAUUCUGUCCCACGGUGACGCCACCCUGAUCCCGGACUGCACCUCACGAGCGAUGCUGAGGGAGAGGCAGGACUACCUGCUGGGGUCAGACGGUGGGGCAGUGCUGGUAGCCAGCAUCAUCAACAUCUUCAGCGAUACACGUUGUCCGGGGCUAGUGGGAAAACCAAGGCUGUUCUUCUUCCAGGCAUGUCGUGGAACCAACUUGGACCCUGGAGUUAGUGUCCAAGUGAAAAAGGCAAGAAUUAAACCGGAUCGGGGAUGGAAGCAAGGUGAUAAAGCCCAGCAGACCAACCGUAAAGAUGCCGAGGAAGGCAACGUCGACAGGGAAGAAGACACGCAUUACAACAGCGACGUUGACAACACUGACAGCAUACCCUUAUGUCCCGUUUUGUCUGUCUCCCCAUCAAACAUACACAAGGACAUCUUGGUGAUGUACGCAACGCCCCCUGGUUACUAUGCAUGGCGCAGGGACACUGGCGCGUGGUUUACACAGAGCCUUCGCAAGGUCCUAACACCGUGCAAUGCAACGAGCUGGUCUCUCACAACGCUGCUGACCUUCGUAAAUCAGAGAGUAGCAGUCUGGUAUGAAUCAUCGUAUGGAAGUGACACAUCCAUGAACGAAAAGAAGCAAGUUCCUUGCAUCACGCAUAUGCUGACCAAAGACGUGUAUUUCAGACCUAAAAGCAUUCAGCAUUCCACUUUGGUAUAGUUGUAUGAACAGCGGAGCAUGAACAACGACUUGAUAAGGCAAUAUAUGAACACAUACAGUUGCGUCCCUUGGCUAGCAGGAAAUGCUGAAUAGCCCGAAGAUAAAUCGCGACUGUUGUGUGAUCCUUUUUAGUUCUUUAGAUCAGAUCAGAUGAUCAAUCUCAUAGAAUAUUUGAGAAUAUUAAUCUCGCGCAAUUUACGUAAAUUACAAUUCUGUGAAUAUUGUAUCACUUUGCUUUCAUACAGAGGUUUCAGUGGUUAUUCUUUGCCGAGAUGUGCUCAUUUGAAGUGAUGUAUUUUAACUUGGAAGCCCUUGAUGUUGCUGUUGUCCAGAUGCACACAUCGCAGUUCAAAUUCCAGCAAGGAAAAUCAGCAUGGUUACAUUAUCAGUGUAAUGUGAAACAGUAGCAUACAAGAGUUGGUAAUUGUGUAGAUGGUGCGGACUUCAAAUCAUGCUUUAACACGUUUGGUCUGUGUUGAUGUUAAACCGUAUGAGAAGUCCAGCUAUAUGGCUCCGGUUUGUAAAUAAUUGAAUCUGGACCAGACAAUCCAGUGAUCAACAUCAUUAGCAUCGAUCUACGCAAUUGGGAUACGUUCACAUGUGUCAACCAAGUGAGCGAGCCUGACCACCCGAUCCCGUUAGUCGCCUCUUACGACAAGCAUGGGUUACUGAAGAUCAGUUGUAAUGCGGAACUUCACGGGCGGCCUCUGGAAGGAGUUUAUAUUGACGUAUGUACAUGAAUACUACUUCAAACAAGAACGAUAACUCCCUUUCUGUUUAAUUCCAGCAGCAAUAAACAUUACUGAAGCACUCAAAA